AUGGCGCAGUGGAUACCAAAGACGGCGUGGAAAGUGUCAAACCUCAACAAGCGCUACGGCCCCUCAUACCUUACAGCUGGGCACGUCCCACUUAGCACGUUUGACCGCGCCCCGUCGCUGUACGAUGCGAUGACGCUGCAAGCGAAGCUUUCUGGAGCAGAAGGCCUUGUGAUGAUUGACGUCCGCGACCUUGCAGAACGCCAACGCUACCCCAUUCCAGGCGCCGUUGCGCUUCACCCUCACGAUCUGCUGUCUGGCGCGGCGUGUCCAAUUCUUCCACAGCAAAAGGAGGCGGCAGAGCUUCUUCUUGUGACAUCCAGUGGCCAGAGAGGGCUUUGCAGCUCCACCGCGCUACAACGCUGGGGGUACAACAACGUUGUUGUCGUCGACUACAAGGCCCUGCGGGAUGCUGGCUGCAUACACUAUCCGGCGGAGUGCGAGAAGUCGGAGGCGGAAUUGCCAAAAACGUCGCUUACAGAAGACAGAACUUCGGCGUUUACAAAGACAUGA